ACCAACUCUCCAGAGACCAGAAUUCAACAUGGCAGACACGAAGCUCAGAACGGCAAUCCUCGUAGUAUCAGAUACUGCAUCUCAGAACCCCUCAUCCGACAGGGUAGCUGAUGCUCUUACUUCCACUUUUACAGCCCAAGCAUCAGGUGUCUGGGAGUCCCCGGUCGUCAAGAUCGUGCCUGAUAAAGUGCUCGACAUCCAACGAGCCAUCUGUGACUGGGCUGAUGGCCCAGAUUUCAUCAAUCUCAUUCUGACAUCCGGCGGAACCGGGUUCGCUGUCAAGGAUAAUACUCCUGAGGUUGGUUGAACUGACGUUGUUCUGUAUUUCGACGCCGUGGUAGCUCUGUUGCUGGAACCAACGGGACGUAACGCUUUCAUAAUACCUCAUCCCGCAGUUCCUGACAUGACUAUAUAUUAUUUGCUUGAUAUCUGUUUCUGGACUAACUUCCUUAUUUUCCCAGGCCGUAUCCCCUCUCAUCCAUCGCCAUGCACCAGGACUUAUACACGGCAUGCUUGCUGCCUCUUUAGCUGUUACACCAUGUGAGAUAGACUUUCGCUGAUAGUCUGUCUGGUCUUCGUCCACAAAUGUGACUGACAACUCAAUUCUUGAACAGUCGCGGUGAUGUCUCGACCUGUUGCAGGAGUUCGGAAUAAGUCGCUAAUCCUGACACUGCCGGGAUCACCAAAGGGAGCUAAAGAAAACCUCGAAGCGUUAAUCAGACUUCUCCCGCAUGCUUGCAUUCAAGCACAAGGAGCCAACUCAAGAGCCCUGCAUGCUGGAGGCAUGAAGAAACUGGAAGCCGAGGCCGGUGUACAGUCUCAGCCAAUGCUGCAGCAACAGGGACAUCAUCACCAUCACCACGGCCACUCCCAUGGUCAUGGACACGGACAUGGACACGCGGCGUCAAAACCACAUACAUCUCCGGCAGAUAGGCCGCAAUCUAACGAUCCCAAUGCAGGACCGAACCGACGAUAUCGUUCAUCUCCGUACCCCAUGCUCUCCGUAGACGAGGCACUAAAGCUGAUCAGCGAGCACACGCCGGAGCCAACAGUGGUCGAAGCUCCAGUAGACGCUGCCUUGGUAGGUUCUGUCGUUGCCGAAGACGUCUACGCCAAAGAAUCCGUGCCAGCGUACCGGGCCAGUACCGUCGACGGGUAUGCCGUGAUUGCACCAGAAUCGCCAGGCGCGGGACCAAGUACCCUGGGUGUCUUCCCCGUAGCCUCUGUUACUCACGCCAACAUUGGAGGCACAUUGAAGCCUCUUGAACCGGGGACUAUUGCCAGGAUCACCACUGGAGCACCCUUACCCCCCAACGCCAACGCGGUAGCGAUGGUCGAAGACACCGUCCUCAUCUCCUCAACCCCAGACGGCAAGGAGGAAGCAGCGGUAGAGAUCUUAACUGGCGAAAUCAAACCGGGAGAGAACAUCCGCGAACCCGGCAGCGACAUCGCCCUUGGAUCGAAAAUCCUCCAAAAGGGCGACCUGAUCACAUCUGUGGGCGGCGAAAUAGGUCUCCUGGCAGCCACGGGCACGAAGACGGUGAAAGUGUUCAAGAAACCCUGCGUAGGCGUUCUAAGCACAGGCGAUGAACUCGUCCAACAUGAUGACCCACGAACCAUCCAGGGCGGCCAAAUCCGCGACUCCAACCGCCCAUCUCUCAUCUCCUGCCUAGCAGCCUGGGGCUUCCCGACCGUCGACCUCGGAAUCGCCCGCGAUACGCCCACCGGCGAACUCGAACAAAUCCUCCGCGAUGCCCUCCGCGGCGUGCGCGUGCGAAAAUCAGGAUCAGGAAAUGACGAACUUGCCUCGAGCAUUGACAUCAUAAUCACAACAGGCGGCGUCUCAAUGGGAGAACUCGACCUCCUCAAACCAACCAUCGAACGCUCCCUAGGCGGCACAAUCCAUUUCGGUCGCGUCUCUAUGAAACCAGGUAAACCUACAACCUUCGCCACAAUUCCUUUCAAGGACCAGGAGCGCGGGAAGAACAAACUCAUCUUCGCUCUCCCGGGUAACCCUGCUUCGGCACUGGUGACACUGAACCUAUUUGUGCUUCCAUCGCUGCAUAAACUAGUAGGACUGGGUCAGGCUAGUGGUACGAAUACGAAAAACACCCAUAUCUGUCCUACUGCUCCUCUAGCUCCAGGCUUGCCACGCGUCUCGGUCCUCUUAUCCCAUUCCAUCCCACUUGAUCCUGUCCGCACCGAAUAUCAUCGUGCUAUUGUCACCGCUUCCCGUUCUGACGGGAGGUUGUAUGCUUCUAGUACGGGGCUGGGAGGUGUGGGACAGCGAAGCUCCAGGGUUGGGAGUCUUGCUAGUGCGAAUGCUCUUUUAGUUCUUCCUCCUGGUGCUGGGGAGGUUGGGAAGGGGGCAUUGGUGGAGGCUUUGUUGAUGGGGAGUAUUCUUUCCGGGGAGUGAUGGAAUUGCACUUGGUCCUUGGAAAUAAUAAAUUAUUUUGAUCCACAGGGGAUAAUAUACUAUUAUCAAUAUAUAUAGAAAUCUGCAAGAAAAAACGAACGUGGAAAUACUGGGCAUCAAGACAACCAAUGCAAACAUAUGAGG